AUGGGAAAGACUAAUUACUCUCGUGAACCCGCUAACCAAGCUAAGGCCGUCAAGACCUCUGCCUCCGACUUAAGAGUCCACUUCAAGAACACUUAUGAAGUUGUCAGAGCCAUCAAGGGAUUGAACCUCGAAAACGCCAAGAGAUACCUCAAGGCUGUUAUUGACAGAAAGAGAUGUAUCCCCUUCACCAGAUUCACUGGUUGCAUUGGUAGAACUGCUUAAGCUCACGAAUUCGGCAGAACCCAAGGUAGAUGGCCCGUUAAGUCUGUCAAGGUCAUCCUCGGUCUCCUUGAUAACCUUUCCGCUAACGCUCAAGCUAAGUCCUUGAACACUGCUAACCUCGUUAUCUAACACGGUUAAGUUAACAGAGCUCAAAAGGGUAGAAGAAGAACCUACAGAGCCCACGGUAGAAUCAACCCCUACUUGAACUCUGGCUGCCACGUCGAAAUUUUCGCUUAAGAAGUUGCUGCUAAGGUCAGAAAGGAAGCCCCUAAGGAUGCUGCUAAGAAGGUUCCCAAGACCAAAAAGGGUAAACUCGCCAUUGGUAACUGA